AUGACCGAAACGUUGAAAAAGCGUAAGAGAUCAGACUGCAGUGUACAAGUCGAAGAGAAUGUUACGGAAUCUCCGCCACAAAGUGAUAUUAAUUUAAACAAAGAGGUUGCUGUGACCAAACGGGAGAAACUAUCAGCCGAUGUGGAAGCAGCUAAUGUGUAUAAAGCAGAAUUUGCUGAAAUGGUGGCUACAAAAAAACUUGAAAGGUCCCAAGUUUUCAAUAUGGACGAGAGUGGGCUAGUUUAUAAAAGUACCCCCAAGAGGACAUUUGUUGCAGCUGAUCAGGCACAAGCUGCUGGUGGGAAAAAACAGUUGGAACGGGUUACUAUAGCCACGUGUUCUAAUGCCGAUGGCUCUUUCAUGUUGCCUCUAAUCUUGAUUGGAAAAUCAAAAAAUCCACGCUGUCUGAGGAACGUGAAUAAGGAUGAAUUGCCAGUUUGGUACCGCAGUCAGACAAACGCGUGGAUAAAUAAAGAGAUUUUUGAGGAAUGGUUCACAGAUGUUUUUGUUCCAAAAGUUGAAAGUUUUCUCAACUCCAAGAACUUACCAAAGACGGCAGUAGUUCUCGUCGACAAUUGUCGAUCUCAUCGAUACGUAAAAAUUAACGACAUUGAAGUAAAUUUUUUUCCGCCAAAUGUCACCUCUCUCAUUCAGCCUAUGGACCAAGGCAUUAUCCAAACCGUCAAAUUACAUUACGAGAUUAACCUCGUAAAUGCAAUCGUUGAGGCUCAAAAUGAAAACGUGACGCUGAUCGAGUUUUGGAAGACAAUUGACGUGCACAAAGUGAUUUUCUGGGUUGCUGAUGCAUGGAAAAAGGUCAAACCCACAACGAUGCAGAAAUGCUGGAAAAACUUAUGGCCCAAAGAAAUCAGAGAUGCGUCGACUCAAACGGACGAGGACUCUUUUAUCAUCGAUAAUCUCGAUAUGUCUGUGGGCACUGACGUCACCUUUAAAUCGAUAACUGCAGACGAUCGAGACGUAACCGAGCUAUUGAAUCUCAUGAAAAAAGUCGACGGAUAUGAAGAGAUGGCAGAGUUCGACUGCCUCGAAAAUAUUCGACCGUCAGCUGAGUGCGUUGUGGAACAAAAUGAUACUCAACAAGACGAAAACGAUUUUCAUUACGUCUCGGAAUCUUUUGCUGUUUUAUAUGAAAAUCUUUAA